CAAGCCUUUGCCUCGGCCAUCCACCCUAGUCUUUCACAUUAUGGAUAGUAUAGCAUCAACACCUAUCGUCCUUCACCAAAAGAUACAAACGUCUGCGCAUCGCUUCGAUCUUCAUAGUCCUGGCGGCAUCCCUACUUGGGGCCCUCUUACCCAUCUUUUCGUCCAGGACGACCCUGUUCCGCAUGCCCAGGUCAAUCUUCUUUAUAUGCAAGCAUACCGGCACAGGGGUUAUCAUUGCCACGGCAUGGAUGCACCUGUUAUCACCAGCCGUUGAGGCCCUACACCAUGAAUGCUUGGCUGCACGGCUGGGCGACUACGACUGGGCUUUUGCUAUCGGCCUCAUGACCGUGAUGAUUAUGUUCUUGCUUGAACUGGUGGCUACAAACUACGUAUCCCAAGGGUUUCCUCUCAGCACAAAGCAGGUCACGCCAGCUUUGCAAUCAGCGGGUACGGUGGAGGCGGAUGCAGAUGCUUGUGUCCGGAAAUGUGAUAGCUGUUGCUCCAGGCAGUCGUACGUGGCUCAAAAUGGCUCGGUUUGUUUCCCUGGAGCAUCCAGUAUUGGGAAUGACGAUCAGCAACCGCAAGCAGGAGACUCAAUAUCAGCACUCUCGGGCCAGUUGACAGCCAUCUUCAUACUUGAAUUUGGUGUCGUUUUUCACAGCAUUUUCAUCGGACUAGUCUUAUCAACAACCAGCAAUCUUGUUGUUCUGAUCGUCGUCUUCACCUUCCAUCAGCUCUUCGAAGGCCUUGGUCUCGGGUCCCGUCUAGCUGUUGCGCACUGGCCUGCGUCCAGCCCGUGGUGGCCCUAUCUGCUUGCUACUAUAUUCGGCUUGUCAUCACCAAUCGCGACCGCAGUGGGUAUAUAUACCAAGCCUGCCAACGCCGAAGCUCAGAUCCUAACUACUGGCAUUUUCGACUCUAUCAGCGCUGGAAUACUCCUAUAUUCAGGUAUGGUGGAACUAUUGGGGCAUGAAUUUCUCUUCAAUUCGGAGAUGAGGGUAGCGCCUCUGAAGGUGCAGCUUGCUGCGUUUGCCUGCAUAGCGAUCGGUGCCACUGUCAUGGCGGUCUUAGCUGUUUGGGCGUGA